CAAAUAAAGUCGAGACAAAAAAAGCAUAAAAGUCUAGUGGGCAUCUUUUUGUUUCGCCUUUCCUCUCUUUCUCUCUCUCUCUCUCUCUCUCACAACCGCAAUGGAGUCGAAGCAUCUGGCUAUGGGAAUUUUCCUUCUGCUAAUUGGUAUUGCAAGAUCAGACAUUGCGCAAGAGAGAGCAGAAUGCGCAAACCAACUAGUGGGUCUUGCCCCGUGUCUUCCUUACGUUGGUGGAACUGCAAAAGCUCCAACCUUAGAUUGCUGCACUGGGCUUAAGCAAGUGUUAGAGAAGAGCAAGAAAUGCCUCUGUAUUCUUAUUAAAGAUCGCGACGAUCCCAGUCUUGGCCUGAAGAUCAAUGCUACUCUUGCAGCUACUCUUCCCAGCGCCUGCCACGCUCCGGCCAAUAUCACACAGUGUAUCGAUUUAUUACACUUGGCUCCUAGCUCGCCAGAAGCUAAGGUAUUUGCUGGAUUUGCUAACAUCACUAGCAGUAGCUCUGCACCUGUUGCCAGUGGGAACUCUACAAAAAGUGGAUCAAGCGCAGAGGAUAAAAGCAGAGGUGAAAUUGCAAAGAGAAGCACAUAUGUUGGAGUUGAGAUAAUUUGUGGAUUUUUGUUAUGGGCUAUUUUAUAUUUUGGAAUGUGAUGAUGUAAUAAAAAUGGGAUUAUCUUUAAUUUCCUAGUGAAAGUUUGUAUUUUAAAUAUAAUAUAUUAAUAUUACUGAUAUUUUUAUUAUAUGUAGUGUCGUUUUUGAAGACUUUGGUGUUGGUUCAGUCAUUAAUUUUUGUUGGUGUUUGAUGUGAAGCCAACUGGAUUGCUAAUUAGAUGUCUUAUAUUGACUACUUAAAUGGAAUCGUACUGAGUAGAUUUCCAUCA